UACCGCAUCAUUUUAGACAUUUACAGUGUUGUUGAGGUCGUGAAGCCAUUGGACUAUAUUUCAAAGUCUAGCUAUACACCCGCGCUUCUAAUAUCAUCACAUAGCAUCACGGCUAUCAUCUGAUGAGACUUUCUCUUCCCUGGUUGCUGCCUAUUGCUUUGGCCAUCAAUAUCAAACUUCUACAAUUGUACAUAUAUUUGCCUCAAAAAAGUAAAUAUAAUUGUUGGUUGAUAUUACAUUCCUAAAAAUAAUGUCAGAAGCGUCACCUACUCCACCAGAUGGGAACAUCUCAGAUAUGUCACUGGCGACGUCGAACGCCACCUCAUCCUCAAAACCACGACGUGUGCUUGCUUGCAUGCUUUGUCAACACAGAAAGAUAAAGUGUGAUCGCAAUCACCCUUGUUCUCAUUGCGUCAAGUCACGAGUAGAAUGCAAACCGGCGACACUACUUCCACGCCAACGAAGACGCAGAUUUCCAGAGCGAGUACUGCUAGAUCGUCUUCGUGAAUAUGAGGAUCUUUUGAGACAGAACAAUAUUAAGUUUGAGCCACUUCAUAAAGACCCAACUGCAGGGAAUGAACCUUUUCAAGUGAAAGAUCAUAAUGAUCCCAAUGAUGAACAACCAGAAAUUGCAGGGGCAAAUGCUUCAUCAGCUUCAUCAGCUAUCAACUUUGAAAAGGCAUAUGGGACUCAGUAUGCAACCCCCAAGAAAUCAUUUGAUUCUUACUAAAUUUGUUAGGAACAUCUGGCACGCCAUGAGUCAGGAAGUACUGCCGACUACAUUUAUGAUUUGAGCUUCUUUGACUGACAGAUGAAUUAGUUUCGAGAACCUCAUAGCCGUGGUGAUUCUGAGGAUGACGACGUGCGUGAAGUGGACGUGAAAUCAGUGUGGGAUCAUAUGUCGGAAAAUGAUAACUUCCUAUUCGGCUCGCGUGCGACAACUGUCGAUAUCUCUACCUUCCAUCCAGCACCCGUCGAAAUAUUUAGACUUUGGCAAAUUUACCUGGAUAACGUGGAUCCACUGCUUAAGGUCACGCACACUCCUAGUCUACAGGGACUCAUCAUUGAAGCCGCUAGCAAUUUCCGGAAUAUUAAGCCCAGACUAGAGGCAUUAAUGUUUGGCAUUUAUUGCAUGUCAAUUUCGAGUUUGUCGUCAGAGGAUUGUCAGCUUAUGUUUAAUUCAUCAAAGAAGGAUCUUUUAACGAGGUAUCACUUCGGUUGUCAGCAGGGUCUACUGAACAGUGGUUUCUUACGGAACAGGGACGAUCGGAACUCCCUGACUGCAUUAUUCUUCUACUUGGUAAGUCACUUGAUACGAAACACAUCUAUACUUUUAGUAAAGCAGGUAUCACGUUUUGGUCUGUCUAUUCUAAGGAUACUUAUUUCUGUCUACAUCAGAUCUACUAAGCCAUAGUGUAUGCAAUUUCUAACUCUUCCAGCUCUCUAUUAGAUCCAACUCAGUUCCUCAAUCUCUGUCUUCCAUGCUCGCCGUUGCCAUUCGCAUCGCUCAACGCUUAGGUUGUCAUAACGAAUUGAUAUUAUCUCAAAUUAAUCCUCUAGAGGCUGAAUUGCGUCGGAGACUUUGGUGGUCACUCGUGCUUUACGAUUCUCGGAUAGGCGAGCUCGCUGACUCAAAAACCACAAUUCUGAAUCCUACUUGGGACUGCAAAAUUCUACUUAAUGUGAGUGAUUCCGACUUUCAUUUAGUGAUGAAGGAUCCGCCAAAAGUCCAAGAAAAGCCAACCGAGGCAAUUUUCACUGUUCUGCGCAGUGAAGUGGGAAAUUAUAUUCGAAACACGAAGUUCUAUCUUGGUUUUAAUGAUGUGGCGUUAAAGCCUACUGCCAAAGAUAAGCAGUAUGAUCCUACUACAGGAGAAAGCGAGAUCACUGACCUAGAGAAACUGGUCGAGGAAAAAUAUCUUAAAUUUUGUGAUCCAGAUAACCCAGUACACUUCAUGACAAUCUGGAUGACACGAAUGAGCCUUGCCAAAUGGCACUUAGUAGAACACUGGCACUUCUCCGGAAAGAACCGCUUGUCGAAAGUAGGUUUAGUACGCGAAGCCACCGUCGCCUACGCCCUCAACAUACUCGAAUGUGACACCGGACUGAUGUCCUCUCCCCUCGCAAAAGGUUUCACGUGGAUGACCAACAUGUAUUUCCCAUUCCCCGCCUACUUCCAAAUCGUGCAAAAUCUCAAACAACGGCCCCUUAGUCAACAAGCAGAACAAGCUUGGAAAAUCAUGACCGCUAACUACGAUGUUCGAUUUCCUACCAUAAUUGAUGAUCAAAUCCCGGAACCUUUCUUUAAGAUUUUCGCAAAGAUCAUUCUACUGGCGUGGGAGGUGCGCGAACAGGCUUUCAAACAGAUGGGGCAGGUGAUUGCGGAGCCGAAAAUCGUGGUUAAUAUUCGACGAGAAAUUAUGAAAGUGGGAGGGAAUACAAAGGAGAGUGAAGAGGAGUAUAGAAGAACGGGCACGGAUAUGGACGUUAAUAAUUUUUCUAUGGUGGCGCCGAUGGGAUUUUAUGGGAUGGCGGAGGAUGAAUAUGGAUAUACUGGAACUGGAUCCAUAGGAACAGGAACUUACAAUAAUACCCCAGAACUGGGAUUAAUUGAUGGCAAUAUUAGUCAGUUGGACUGGUCGGCUAUGGAUUGGAACGCCUUGAAUGUGAAUACACCGGCGAAUGGGACAGGGCCAUUUCCGUUUUAAUGGCAGGCAAAAAUUGGAUAUAGGAAAAGCUUUGUAUACUAAAUAGAUUUAUAGAGACAGCCUGGCAGUGGCAGUUUCAAUCCUUCUUCAUUAGAUGGAAUAUCAUAAGAUAUUUUCGCAGGAAUAAAACCAAUAGGGAUUAGGAUACAUUA